AGAGACUGUAGGCUUUCUCUGAUGCCAUUAUCACGAGCAACGUCUAAAACCCUAACAAUAAAAGGACGCCAGGUUGCUUCUUCAUCGGCUAGAUAUUACGGGAUUUCACUGAGAAGCCCCACAAUUCUCCGGGAUAUUUCAUCGGACGCCUCAUUUUCGUAUCAAUCUCCACACUCAGUUCGGAUCGAUCGCCGCUUGCCUUUCGGUGCCGAUGGCGGAUUCGCUGGCUGCAGUGUCCGUCUCUGUUUCAACUUCUUCUACAAAGAGGCGUAUCGAGAUCUUCCACGAUGAAAUUCCUGCCAUUCUGAGAAAUUCACAGAUGUCUAUGGAGCUUGCAUCAACACUGGUAGAUAUUAUUUUCAAAACCUUGUUUAUAUAUGAUGAUAGAGGAUCAAGGAAAGCAGUUGAUGAUGUCAUCACAAAAGCUGUAGGCGAGAUUACAUUUAUGAAAAAUUUUGCGGCAACAAUUGUACAGUUCAUGGAAAAGCAGUCAAAGUUCCAGUCUCGUGUGGGCUGCUACAGACUUCUCAAGUGGUCUUGUCUUCUGUUAAGCAAGAGUCAGUUUGCCUCUGUAUCAAAGAAUGCUUUUUGCAGGGUAGCUGCGGGGCAGUCAUCUCUUCUUCAUAUUGUUAUACAAGGAUCUUUCCGUGAGAGAAGGGCUUGCAAGCAAAUAUUUUUUACCUUAUUCUCAGAGUCAGCAGUCAUUUACAAAACCUAUAUUGAAGAACUAAAGGAUGGGAGAAUCCAAUAUCAAGAUAAUCCAGAAUUGUUUGGGCUUCUAUUGGAAUUUUCAAGUUCAGUUCCUUCUUUAUUCGACCAAUUUAAGCCAGCCUUUCUUGAUAUGUAUGUGAAAUCAGUUCUAAAUACAAGGGAAAAGCCAGCAAGGGGUCUCAAUGAAGCUUUGCUUCCACUAUUUUCUCAUUUGUCUCAUGAAGAUUUUAACAGUUCUGUUAUUCCUUCAUCUGUUAAAAUGUUGAAACGUAAUCCUGAGCUGGUGUUGGAAUCGGUUGGGUUUCUCUUGCAGUCAGUAAACCUUGAUCUCAGUAAGUAUGCCAUUGAAAUUCUUUCAGUGGUCCUAUCACAGGCUCGCCAUGCUGAUGAAGGAAGAAGGUGUGAAGCAUUAGCUAUAGUAAGGUGUUUGAGCCAGAAGUCUAGUAAUCCAGAUGCUAUAGAAGCAAUGUUUAAUGCUAUCAAAUCUGUCAUUGGAGGCUCAGAAGGGAGACUUGCAUUUCCAUACCAGAGAGUUGGCAUGAUAAAUGCAUUGCAUGAAUUGUCCAAUGUCCCUGAAGGGAAAUAUCUCAACAGCCUGGCACCAUCAAUCUGUCACUUUCUUUUGUCCUGUUACAAGGAUGAUGGAAACGAAGAGGCAAAGCUUGCAAUUUUAUCAGCCAUAGCUUCUUGGGGAGCUAGAUGCCCAGAUGCUAUUCAGCCAGAUGUAGUUUCUUUUAUUGGUUCUGGGCUCAGGGAGAAGGAAACUCUACGAAGAGGUCAUCUACGUUGUCUUAGAAUGAUCUGCAAAAAUGCAGAUGCUGUAGGAAGAAUAUCAGCUUUGUUGGGACCACUUGUACAACUAGUAAAAACUGGUUUUACCAAGGCAGUGCAGCGUUUGGAUGGCAUUUAUGCAUUGCUCUGCGUUGCUAAAAUUGCAGUUGUUGACAUUAAAGCAGAUGAGACUCUAUUGAAGGAAAAGAUUUGGUCGUUGGUAUGUCAGAGUGAGCCUUCACUUGUGCCAGUUGCCAUGGCCUCGAAACUGUCGGUUGAUGACUGUUUGGCAUGUGUUGAUCUUCUUGAGGUGCUACUAGUGUAUCAUCCACAGAGAGUCUUGGAUUCUAUUUCAAUCAGAUCAAUGUUACAGUUAAUCCUCUUUUUAUUAUGCCAUCCAAGCUGGGAUAUUCGACAUGUGGCUUAUGACUCCACCAAAAAGAUUAUUGCUGCUGCUCCACAGUUAUCUGAAGCAAUUUUACUGGAAUAUUCAAAUUACCUUUGUAUGAUUGGAGAAAAAGUUGUUCUUUUGAAGACAAGUGAUGUGGAAAAUACAUUGGAUACUCAUGUUCCUUCAGUGGAGAUUUUAGUGAAGACUUUGCUUGUUAUAUCAUCUGCUGUUUUGGCUACUACUCAGACUGCACUUGGGCAACUUAUAUUCUGCUCUCAUCAUCCCUAUUUGGUUGGCACAGCAAAAAGAAAUGCAGUGUGGAAGAGGCUGCAGAAAUGUUUACAGAGGCAUGGUUUUGAUGUCAUUGGCCUUAUUAGUGCUGAUGUGUGUACCAUCUGCAAGAGUUUGUUAGGACCAACUGCACUCAUGGGUUCUAAUCAUCUUGAACAAGAAGCAGCAAUAUAUUCCUUGUCAACAUUGAUGUCUAUCAUACCCAAAGAUACCUUUACAGAGUUUGAAAAGCAAUUGAACAAUCUUCCGGACCGUCUUGCACACGAUACUCUAUCCGCUAAUGACAUUCAGAUUUUUCAUACACCUGAAGGAAUGCUUUCUGGUGAGCAAGGUGUUUAUAUUGCAGAGUAUGUUGAAGCUAAGAACACAAAACAAGCCAAAGGCCGUUUUCGUGUUUAUGAUAACAAUGAUGAGAUGGACAAUGCCAGCUCUAAUCAUUAUGUCAAGAGGGAGCAUGCUAGUGUUGGGAAAAAAGAUGCUGGAAAGUCAACAAAGAAGGCUGAUAAGGGAAAGACUGCUAAAGAAGAGGCACGUGAGAUCCAACUCAGGGAGGAGGCAUUUAUACGUGAGAAAGUCAUGGUCAUACAGAAGAAUCUCUCUUUGAUGCUGAGAGCCCUUGGGGACAUGGCCAUAGCUAAUCCUGUUUUCGCACAUAGUCAACUUCCAUCCCUGGUUACAUUUGUUAAUCCUUUACUACGAUCGCCAAUUGUGAGUGAGGUUGCCUAUGAAACUUUGGUGAAACUUUCCAAAUGUACAGCUGCUCCUCUAUGUGAUUGGGCCCUUGACAUUGCUACUGCUUUACGUCUAAUUGUGACUGAGGAAGUCAAUGUUUUGUUGGAGCUGGUGUCGUCUGUUGGAGAAGGGGAUACCGACCAAAGGCCAUUCUUGGGACUUUUUGAGCGAGUGAUAAAUGGCUUGUCUAUUUCUUGUAGAUCUGGAGCUCUUCCUGUUGACACCUUUACUUUUAUUUUCCCGAUAAUGGAGAGAGUACUGUUGUCUUCUAAGAAGACAGCAAUUCACAGUGAUGUUCUUCGGAUUCUGUUUCUGCAUAUGGAUCCCAUUUUACCAAUACCUAGGCUUCGAAUGCUAUCAGCCCUUUAUCAUGUUCUUGGUGUUCUUCCUGCUUAUCAAGCAUCUAUUGCACCAGCAUUAAACGAGUUGUGUCUGGGUCUACAACCAGAUGAAGUGGCACCUGCUCUUUGUGGGGUUUAUGCAAAAGAUAUUCAUGUCAGAAUGGCCUGCUUAAAUGCUAUAAAAUGUAUACCUGCUGUUGCUAACCGUUCAUUACCUAAAAAUGUUGAGGUUGCAACAAGCAUUUGGAUUGCUUUACAUGAUCCGGAAAAGUCGGUUGCAGAAGUAGCAGAGGAUAUAUGGGAUCGUUAUGGUUUUGACUUUGGAACAGAUUAUUCUGGACUUUUCAAAUCUCUUUCACACAUUAACUAUAAUGUUCGAUUGGCUGCUGCAGAGGCAUUAUCUGCUGCUUUGGAUGAAAGCCCAGAUACGAUACAGGAGUGCCUUUCGACUUUGUUUUCGUUGUACAUUCAAGAUAUUGGCUUUGGUCAGGAUGAUAUUGGUGCUGGUUGGAUAGGCAGACAAGGAAUUGCUUUGGCACUACUUUCAGCAGCAGAUGUACUUGGAACCAAAGACCUUCCUGCUGUUAUGACGUUUCUGAUAUCACGAGCACUGGCUGAUACUAAUGGAGAUGUUCGAGGAAGAAUGAUUAAUGCUGGUAUUAUGAUUAUUGAUAAGCAUGGAAGAGACAAUGUGUCUCUGUUGUUUCCAAUUUUUGAGAACUAUUUAAACAAGAAGGCACCUGAUGAAGAAAAAUAUGAUCUGGUUCGUGAAGGAGUAGUUAUUUUCACUGGAGCAUUGGCAAAGCAUCUGGCAAAGGAUGAUCCUAAGGUUCAUGCUGUUGUAGAGAAGUUGUUGGAUGUGCUAAACACUCCCUCUGAAUCGGUUCAACGGGCUGUCUCAACCUGCUUAUCUCCACUUAUGCAGUCAAAGCAAGAAGAUGCGCCAGCACUUGUUUCUAGGCUUUUGGAUCAACUAAUGAAGAGUGAUAAAUAUGGGGAGCGCCGUGGAGCAGCAUUUGGACUUUCUGGUGUUGUCAAGGGAUUUGGAAUUUCAUGCCUCAAGAAGUAUGGUAUCGUGGCAGCACUACAAGAAGGUUUUGCAGACAGGAAUUCUGCAAAAUACCGUGAAGGAGCCUUGCUGGCAUUUGAAUGCCUUUGUGAGAAACUUGGAAAAUUGUUUGAACCGUAUGUAAUUCAAAUGUUACCUUUACUUCUUGUUUCUUUCUCUGAUCAAGUUGUUGCUGUUCGAGAUGCUGCUGAAUGUGCGGCUCGUGCCAUGAUGUCUCAGCUUACUGCUCAGGGAGUCAAGCUUGUUCUCCCGUCACUUCUGAAGGGCCUUGAAGAUAAAGCUUGGCGGACGAAGCAGAGUAGUGUUCAACUUCUUGGUGCUAUGGCUUACUGUGCACCUCAGCAACUUUCUCAAUGCCUACCUAAGAUUGUGCCGAAAUUGACAGAGGUGCUAACAGACACCCAUCCUAAAGUUCAGUAUGCAGGGCAAACAGCUCUUCAGCAGGUUGGGAGUGUGAUAAAAAAUCCAGAAAUCUCUGCUCUUGUCCCUACCCUUCUAAUGGGUCUUACAGACCCUAAUGAGUUCACAAAACAUUCUCUUGAUAUCCUCCUCCAAACAACAUUUGUGAAUUCAAUUGACGCACCUUCAUUAGCAUUAUUGGUGCCCAUAGUGCAUAGAGGGCUAAGAGAGAGAAGUUCGGAUACUAAAAAGAAAGCUGCCCAGAUUGUUGGAAAUAUGUGUUCUUUGGUGACUGAACCAAAGGAUAUGAUUCCUUACAUAGGCUUGCUACUUCCUGAAGUUAAAAAGGUUCUUGUGGAUCCAAUUCCUGAGGUUCGAUCUGUUGCUGCAAGGGCUCUUGGUUCACUCAUAAGAGGAAUGGGAGAAGAAAUCUUCCCAGAUCUUGUGCCAUGGUUGUUAGACACAUUGAAGGCUGAUGGUAGUAAUGUUGAACGCUCUGGAGGUGCUCAAGGACUAAGUGAGGUUUUGGCUGCACUAGGCAAGGACUAUUUUGAGCAGAUACUUCCUGAUAUCAUUCGAAACUGUUCUCAUCAAAAGGCAUCAGUUCGUGAUGGUUUUUUGACACUUUUCAAGUACUUGCCGAGGUCGUUAGGUGUACAAUUUCAGAAUUAUUUGCAGCAGGUGUUACCUGCUAUCCUAGAUGGUCUUGCUGAUGAGAAUGAAUCUGUACGAGAUGCUGCUCUCAGUGCUGGUCAUGUCUUGGUUCAGCAUUAUGCAACAACAUCUUUGCCUCUGCUCCUUCCCGCUGUGGAGGAUGGCAUUUUUAGUGAUAGUUGGCGUAUUAGACAAAGCUCCGUAGAAUUGUUGGGUGAUCUGUUAUUCAAGGUUGCUGGGACUUCUGGGAAGGCACUUCUCGAGGGUGGUAGUGAUGAUGAAGGUGCAAGUACCGAGGCACAUGGGCGUGCAAUCAUUGAGGUGCUUGGUAGAGAGAAACGCAAUGAGGUCCUUGCUGCAUUAUAUAUGGUUCGAACUGAUGUGAGCAUAACAGUGCGUCAGGCUGCUUUACAUGUGUGGAAGACCAUAGUUGCAAAUACUCCUAAGACACUGAAGGAAAUAAUGCCAGUUUUAAUGAACACUUUGAUUACAUCUCUAGCAUCAUCAUCCUCAGAAAGGCGACAGGCUGCUGGGCGAGCGCUUGGCGAACUUGUUCGGAAGCUUGGGGAAAGAGUGCUACCACUGAUCAUUCCCAUUUUAUCCCGCGGUUUAAAUGACCCUGAUGCAAGCAGAAGACAGGGAGUAUGCAUUGGUUUGAGUGAAGUGAUGGCCAGUGCUGGCAAGCCUCAGUUAUUGAGUUUCAUGGAUGAGCUCAUUCCUACAAUUCGCACAGCCCUUUGUGAUAGCACUCCUGAGGUUCGUGAGUCAGCAGGCUUAGCAUUCAGUACACUUUACAAGAGUGCUGGAUUGCAAGCAAUUGAUGAGAUUGUCCCUACACUUCUGCAUGCUUUGGAGGAUGACAAAACCUCUGACACUGCCCUUGAUGGUCUCAAACAAAUCUUAAGUGUCAGGACUACAGUUGUUUUGCCUCAUAUCUUGCCCAAGCUUGUGCAUCCUCCUCUUUCUGCCUUCAAUGCCCAUGCUUUAGGUGCUCUAGCUGAGGUUGCAGGACCUGGUUUGGACUUCCACCUCAGUGCAGUUGUCCCUGCUUUACUUGCUGCAAUGGGGGACGAUAACAAGGAAGUUCAAAAUUUGGCAAAGAAGGCUGCAGAGACUGUUGUUUUGGUCAUUGAUGAGGAAGGCAUAGAACCUUUGAUAUCAGAGCUUCUUAAAGGUGUAGGUGAUGUGCAGGCUUCAGUUAGAAGAACUUCUGCAUAUCUGAUUGGUUACUUCUUCAAAAACAGCAAGUUAUAUUUAGUUGAUGAAGCCCCAAACAUGAUAGCCACACUGAUUAUUUUGCUUAGUGAUCCAGAUUCAACUACAGUUGCAGCUGCCUGGGAAGCUUUGUCAAAAAUUAUCAGUUCCAUUCCCAAGGAAGUUCUUCCCUCGUACGUGAAGUUAGUUCGUGAUGCUGUUUCUACAUCCAGAGAUAAAGAACGUAGGAAAAGGAAGGGAGGGCCUAUUCUUAUACCUGGGUUAUGUCUACCGAAAGCGCUUCAGCCAUUGCUUCCUAUCUUUCUCCAGGGCCUUAUAAGUGGAUCAGCAGAACUAAGGGAGCAGGCAGCUCUUGGUCUUGGAGAGUUAAUUGAAGUGACAAGCGAGCAAGCACUUAAGGAGUUUGUUAUCUCUAUUACAGGGCCUCUGAUCCGGAUUAUAGGUGAUCGGUUCCCUUGGCAGGUGAAGAGUGCAAUUUUGUCAACUUUGACUAUCAUGAUACAGAAGGGUGGGAUGUCCUUGAAACCUCUUCUUCCACAGCUUCAAACAACAUUUAUCAAGUGUCUGCAGGAUAGCACAAGGACUGUGCGGUCAAGUGCUGCAAUCGCACUGGGAAAACUUAGCGCACUCAGUACUAGGGUUGACCCUUUAGUUGGCGAUCUUCUGUCCAGUUUACAGGCAUCAGAGGGUGGGGUUCGUGAGGCCAUUUUGAUGGCUUUAAAGGGUGUUCUCAAGCAUGCUGGGAAGAGUGUGAGCAGUACUGUUAGAACUCGUGUUUAUACUCUUCUUAAGGAUAUAAUUUAUAAUGAUGAUGACCAAAUUCGAGCUUCUGCUUCAAGCAUAUUGGGCAUCAUUUCACAGUAUAUGGAAGUUGGUCAAAUCUCAGAGCUCCUUGAGGAACUCAUAAAUUCAGCCUCUUCUCCUAGCCUGUCUACUAGGCAUGGUGCAGUCCUAACAAUGUCUUCCAUGCUCAAGCAUAAUCCUUCUGUGAUUUGUGCAUCUCCAAUGUCAGCAAUUGUAAAAUCGCUCCAAGAUAGCUUGAAAGAUGAGAAGUUCCCUGUUCGCGAAACAUCAACCAAAGCAUUAGGAAGGCUUCUGCUACAUCAAGUAAAGAGCGAAUCCCCAAAUGCCAAUGACCAUACAGAAACUCUUAUGCCGUUGGUAUCAGCCAUGCGGGAUGACUCUAGUGAAGUAAGAAGAAGGGCAUUAUCUGCUCUAAAAGCUGCUGCAAAAGCUAAUCCUACAGAAAUUGCGAACCAUGUUGCACUAUUUGGACCUGCAGUUGCUGAAUGUUUGAGGGAUGGAAAUACUCCUGUUAGACUUGCAGCUGAAAGAUGUGCGUUGCAUUGUUUCCUGCUGACAAGAGGUACAGAAAAUGUUCAAGCUGCUCAGAAAUUCAUCACGGGUUUGGACGCUAGACGGAUAUCAAAGUUACCUGAACAAAGCGACGAUAGCGAAGACAGUGAAGAUGAAAUCAUGUCAAGUGGCUGAUAAAGUCUUGGUAGUUUCCUCCACCAAGAUGGGAAUGGGAGCCUGCCUUUCUUCGGCUCAAAAUGAUUAACAAGUUGCAGCAAAACCUUCAAAGGGAAUGGUUGUAGUGUUGUACAGACGCAGAAGAAAAUGCAUGCUUGCUUGUUAAUUAUACCCAAUUUUCUUAUAUAUAUGUUAUACCCGAUAGGAUAGGGGAUAGGAGAUAGGAGCAGAAUCAAGAGUUGAGAAAAGACCUGGAUGGGGAACACAACACAUAACAUCAUAUAAAGAGGCCUCUGCUUCUUUUACAAGUUUUGUCUCCGGCGUGGCAUUUUAUUUUAUUGAGAAAUUCGAGCAAGGGCCCUUGUUUGUGUCUCUGUUUGGUAACGGAGUGUAUUGUUGUAUUUUUUUGCUUAUUAAUGCCAAAAGCACGUAACAAUGUGUUUGGUUAAUAUCUUCUUCUUGUGUUGUAAAGAUACAUAAUAGUAUUUGUUAAGCACUUAAACAAUUAAUUUAAAGUAUGAAUGUAUUUAUUUUCUUUA